AUGAACGCCGUGGCGAACCCUCAGAUCGUCGUCACGCCUGUGACGCCUUCGCGGGAUUCCUUACCCUGGGAAAUGCGCGCCGCACUGGAAGAGAUUACACACGGCAAGCCCCCAGGGGCGUGGAGGGGCCGCCACAACGCGGCCACCACCGGCACCAUGGACGUUGAGGUCGCCGGCGACACAAAAGGCAAGCACACCGAAGACGACUGCGACGAGGACACACUCGUCGAGAAGGAGUCCGAAGACCACCACUACCACCAUAACCACACUCGUUUAAUCAGGGAACACGCUCGUUUGACAUAUGGCCUCGAAGGCCAGCCUGUUACGCGCUCCGACAACCCGGCCACAAGCGUCGAGAGGACUAUACGCUACCACGGCAACGGCGCGGUCAGCUUCAGUGCCACCUCUAGGGCUGGCGCCGGCGCGUCCAGCAAGAAACUCGUGAAGUCUCGACCGGCCACGGCGAGAAGGCCGGCGCAACCAGCACAAAGGCAGGAUGCUGGCAGAUCGGAUGAUAUGUGGAGAGAAGAAGAAGAAGCUCUUGCAGGCCAUGAAGAUGACGCGCAGGCAAUUCCUCGGCCGCCGCCCAAAGACUCAGACCGUCCCGAGCAGUACCACCCGACCUGGCGCCACGCCAUGUACGUAAGCCCACUUUCCCGAAGCACUAAGCUUACCAUUCGUUAA